AGCUAAUGAACAGGUGACCAGACACAAGGUAGAAUAUGAGCGUUGUCAUGGUAACACGAGCAUGAGCGCGGAUGACAGGAAAGAAGGAAGAGAACUGCAUUGAUACACUUCUAGCUGACCUAAAAACAACCAUUAGACUUGCUGGAAAUGAGGCGGAGAUCCAGAUUGCAGGCUCAGAAUCCUGCCCGGAACAGUAGAAUGAUGAGCCAAGGUUCCUUCUCAACCAUGAAUGGGAACAGAAAGUCAGCCGGGGCAGCAUUCGGGUCUAACAGGCUGGGUAACGAUAUGAUGAACACUUACAUAAUGACGAGGACUAUGAACAGUGUGGCCAAAGCUAAACAAGGUUACAUGGACGUAAAUAAGAGUCCCAUCAUGAACACUUCUCCUCGGUCUAGAGCUAGGAAGAUCAGCGAAGAUUUGGAAGACAAAGAUGAGGAAAUCCCUGAAGACGUGUUCAAGGGAUUGGUCCGGAAGAACGGUCCGGUAGAAGCCGGAAACGAAGUGGAAACAGCCGGGUCAGAUAGAGUGGGAUAUGUGAUGGAGAUUGUGACGACCCCUCCCACUCCCUGUACGGUGAAUCCUCCUGCUAACGACAACCUCAUGAUGGCUAACCACCUCGCCAAACAAAACCACGUUACUAACCACUCCUUGGGCUGCUCCCUGCAACAACUUAGGUCAAACCACUCGUCACCAGAGCAACAGUCUCCCCCACACUCCCCACCUCCCCGUCUAACCGCCUCUUCCAACCACCACACCCUCCCCACUAACCACUCUACUAACCACCCCACUAACCACCCCACUAACCACUCUACUAACCACUCUACUCAACAUUCUACCAAACACUCUACAAAACAUCGGGAGGACAACAGAAGAACCUCCAGAUCAAGGCACUCCGAAUCUCAGAGUAUUUCCUCGCAAUGUGAGUCCCACUUGUCUUGUGAGAGUAUUGGGUACGACUCGGACAGUUCGCUCGAGUCCGGGACUCUCAAACCUCGCUCCUCUCGUCCUGCCUUCAUUCAGCCUAUUAACAUGCAACUCCAUCAGUCAAGUAACAGAGUAAGAGACAACGGAGAUGCCUCCAAGCCCCGCAGUAACGGUACUGUACCUGGAGUUGGUAAGAGUAACGGUACUGUACCGUGUGGGCGCCCCUCCAUACUUAGAAAAUCAACAGAGAAGGAUGGUACAGCUUCAGAGACUACUUCAGGAGUGUCCUCUCAAGACAUGAAGAUCAGGUUCGUAACGUCAGAUUCAGAGACACAGACGGAGAAAGACCCCUCCUCAGACAGGAGUCAGACAAACCUGCUGGAGACGACAGCUCCUGAUCAACUCCAAACAGAACCUAAUCAGACCAUCUUCCAUCUAGACAAGUACACCCACCUCACUAAGAGGAAGAGGAGUAAAGGCAUACCAAACGUGUGUAAAUGGUUCGGAAUGUCAGCAGUGGAGCACCUCAUACAAAACUCAGUAAACAUGAGUAGUUGGGUCUGGGCUCAGAACAACACGUCAGCUUGUAACUCUACCUCGGGCAGCAGCACUACUCUCAUGAAGACCUGCAACCCUACUCCUAGGACUGACAGAGAAAGUCCCCCCUCGCCUCCUGCCCCCAGUGCCCCUUUAAUGUUCCCCCCUGUCAGAGAGUGGGAUUCAGAGAAGAGUCUCUUUGAGGCAAUGAGUGAUAUCGGAGAGCACCUUCUAGAAGGUCUUAGUCCACCUUCCUCCAGGAGAGGCUCACGACGAGGCUCGCAGAUUUCUCUAGUGGACCUUAUCUCCCCUGCCCCUGAUAAUAAAAAAAAAUCAAAGAGUGGGAAAAGACUAGGAGUUCCUACAAAAUCAGACCUUGCUAACGUUAAGAACUCAAUAAUAGCGCGGUGCAGGUCUCCUAGUAACCAUGGUAACGUCAUGACUCCUCGAACCGUAAAGAAGAAUAUCUCUAAUGGUCACGUGACUUCUAAAUCUGACAAGAAGAACGUCACUAGUAACCAUGGUAACGUCAUGACAUCAACUCUAUCAAACCUGUCUAACUCCUCUGAUAGAUCUAAAGAAGAGGAGGAGGAAAAGAAGAAGGAGGAAGAUAAAAACGCUGCCGCCAAGAAUGCUACUCUUCUUGAGCUUCUAGACGAGGACGGGUUUGGAGAUGAGAACAAUUGUGAAGAGAAGAAGAAGUCGCAACGAGGAAAGAAGAGUGGAGGAGGAGGAGGAGGUCGGUACAGAGGUGGUAAUGCUAUGAUGAAGUGUGCAGUUUUAGAUGAGGUUGUGAAACAAACAAGAGCUGAGGAAGAGGCAGUGUCAGAGGACCUCACAAGAAACGGACGAAUGGAAAACCACCACGGCUGGAGGAACGCCUUCCGGUCCGAGAUGCGAACCAAAGCCUUUCAAGAUAGCCACUUUGAGGACGUAGCACAGGAUCUCGAGAAGUUUAAGAUAAGAUGAACUGGAGUGUGAAAAUGACAGCUAGUUGCUAUAGCAACAAUUAUGAUGAUGAAUGACUGCUACGCACUGCUUAUAUCGCUCAAAUUGCUCUGAUAAUUUGUUUUAAAAACUAAAACUCGAAGAACUGAACUUUUGUAAAUUUUAACUAAGGUGUUCACAUUAGAUACUGAUAAGAUGCUGAUUAAAUGGAUGACGCCAUUGUUUGAUUAUGACGUCAUUAUUUGAUCAUGACGUCAUCAAUUGCUAAUGGGAAUGCGGCUGAGAGUUUUCUUGCUGGGCAGUUGCUGAAAGUGUUAUUUUAACAUGCGAACUAAGACCAUUGCAGAACACCGAUAAGAUAGAGGAGCUGAAGGCUGAGAAAGUGGUUUCAAAGUGGCGGGGCAAAGUGGAAGAGAAGGAGAGUCACAAGGAGCUCUCUAAAAACAGAUCUGACCAGCCCCCCAAACUUGUGAGAGCGAAUAAAAGUAGCAGUAACCUUGGCAACCGUCCUAGUAGCACCAGUUCAGAAGGAGCCGCUAAGAAGUGGCUCUCUAAAAGCAAAACACGGCAGUUACCUAGGCAACCACCCUCCAGUGCCUCCUCUAAGUGGGCUACUGCUAAAAGCAGAACAAUGGCGGUUAACAGACUUACCAGCGCCCCUAAACAGACGGGCCCAGGGAAACAUGCCCCGGGCUCAGGGAAACCUGCCCCGCUAAAUACCAGGGGUAACUUGGCACAGAAGUCUGGUUCCUUGGUCAGAUCCAAUUCAAUCGCUAGCAAGGCCAGUUCUAUCCAGUCUAACAAACCAAGUUCUCUCCAAAUCAAGUCCUCUCUCCCGUCCUCUAACGUCCCUUCAAAACCUGGUCCCCGAUCUAACUGGCAGAAAGCUGCCGUCAAGACCAAAUCAGUCUCUAACUUCAGUAAACCUACAAGUUCUGCUGUCGGGGCGAAGAAACCGUACGUUCCGCAUAAACCACCAGCUAAGUCUGGCAUGGGAGCAAAACCUGGGAUCGGGGGAGCCGGCAAAAAGGGCCCUGCCAAAUUUGGGGGUGGGAAAAUGGGCGGCAAGUUCUUCUGAAGAAUCAUUACUCGUUACUUGGUGACGGACCAUUCACCUGGAGUCGUUGUCAUGGCAACCUGCCACCUGAUGGGCUAUUUUUAUAUUUUGGUCAUUUUUGAUCUAUUUUAUAUGAUGUUUAAGCUUAACAAGGUUUUGGUUUCAACUUUCCUGUGAGAUUUAGCAUGACAAAACCACCAGUUCAGUAUUGGUCUUUUCCGGAGUAGUAUGAAAUAAAAUUUACAAUGCACGCUCCCCCUUACAGGAUAUCCUAAAUCAUGAGUUUUAUUGUGGUAAAAUAUAUUCGCCCACUUGGUUUAUAGAUAAUAUCAUUUCUGAAUGUUGAUUUUUUGAGGCAUCUCACCCGGGCUGUCCGCGUUUUAACUUAAAUGUUAAAACUUGUUAAAAUUAUUGUUACUAUGACAACUACAUCGGUAACCAUGCCACUAUUGUUUUAUAUUGAUUAUCGUACAAUGUACAAGUCUGUACAAAUUUGAUUUUACACUAAAAGUGAGAUAAUGGAGUGUUGAACGACGGAUAUCCAUAUUUACAAUUUAUGAUUUAAAUGUAAAUAUCGAAAAUCACUUUGAUGUAAUUUAUUCGAAAUGGUCCAA